AUGAGGCCGAGCCGAGCGGACCGGAUGAUGGUCUGCGAUGGGAGUCUCGGCGGCUUCGACAAAGGUGGCCUUGUCGCAUCCAUAAGAGUGGCCGAGCCCUGGAACCAAGUCAGUCCUGGCUACUAUGGCCUCAAUACGAUGCGGCACGUAGGCCCGAUGCAGUCCCAGAACUCACUUGGUUCCAUGAAGUCCAUGGACAAGUCCUCGAUGAAAUACUUUCUGGCGGACUCUCUCACGAGUCUGCCGAGGGAUGUCAGUCCCCCCAGGGACCAAUCAAAGGUAAAGAAAGGAUUCUGGAAGUCGACAAUGGAGCUAUUCAAACGUCCGGGGCCAGAAAGACCUGAACGCGCCCGCUCGCGAUCGGCUGGCAACCUUCUCUCCAAGGAGCCCCCUCGCCGCGGACGCUCCUUGGAACGUUCCCCAGCCAAGCGACGCUCCAAACUCUUCUUAGUCAAUGACACCGAACAGCGUUCGGAAGCUGGAUCGGAAUUUGGUUCUCCUGAUCGCGAGUCGAAGAAACGGAAUUCCAUACUAGGCAGGUUGCUCAAGGUCGGACGGAGGCGCUCUCAGGCAGAAGAAAGGCGCAUCUCCCCUGACGUGGAGUGGAAGAAAGGACCGCGGAGCAAAUAUUGGAUUUCUUCAAACAAACGAUUCGCCCGCUCCGAGGAAGAACUAGGCUCCGUGUCACCGGAGGUACUACCCUUUGACGAGACUGCCCACCGCCGAGACCCCGACAACUCUUGGGUUUAUAGUGGAGGAAGAGGAGAACUCGACGAACCUUCCGUCAAACUCCGCACAAAGUGGGGCUCCGGCGGUAUUAACUCGAGAGAACUGGAGUUUAGAAAUCCCGAGUCCGGUAACUUCAAUGAUCCACGCUGGGAGAAGAAGCCUUCUACCUUCACUAAUGGAAUCGAUCGACACGGAAUCGAUCGACACGUCAAUCGACAUGACAAGCCUUACCCUGUUCCACGUCCAGAUUCUCGCAACCCCGCCGAAUGGCGACCCCCGAAACAUAGGAAACCCGCCGCACUACCCAGACCUACCCAUCUGUCGAGAAAGCUGAGACCCGCUGGUUUAUGA